UAAGGCCUGAUGGGGGCUGCUUCUGCCCCUGAUCCGGCCCAACCUGGGGAUGGAAAAACUGCCGCCAAUGUGACUGAAGGGCAGGGACAGCCCAGUGAACCGAAUGCACAAGAUGCAGGCAGCUCAGCAAGUGCCACUGGAACUACGACUGCUGAGGCCAAUGCACCCCCGCCAUCAGCACCGCAGCAACCGCAGCAGGAACAGCCCCAGAGCGCCCAGCCCCAAGGCCCACCACCGAAAGCAGAACCCCAACCACCUCCAAGAGCGGCACCUGCCGGAAGCGCACAGGGUCCGGCGGCUGAACCAAUGCCCGCUUGCCACUAUGAGGUUUUGGGCGUUGAGCACAACUGCACAGAGGAUGAGAUCAAAAAGGCUUACAGAGACCUGAGUAAGAAAUAUCACCCGGAUAAAAACUUUGGUUGCACGGAUGCCAAGGAACGCUUCCAACGUAUCAACGAGGCCAAAAUUUUACUCUUGGACCGGAAGCAACGAGUCGCCUAUGACGCAAAGAUCUACACCGAAAAGUUGUUGAAAAAAAUAGGUGCGGACUUCAACCAGCAGGUGCAACAGUGGGUGGAGUUCACCAUGUUGCAGCAGGAAGGCUGGAAAGUGGACUACGUACUUGUUGCGCGGGGCUUGACGGACGUCUUGCCGAAUCACUUCAACCUCUUUAUGCGGCAGUCUGGUGCGCGAUUCAUGAGCAUGCACAGUCCCACACAAGGGGUCGUGUUGAUAGGAGGCGCCCCAGCUAUGAUCAAGAGAGGUCAAGACUUGGUCAAUAAUUUCGUGGAGGAGCUGAACGGAGACCGCGCUCCAGCAGAUGGCGCGGUCUUUAUUGUGCCGGUGCAAUAUCAGCAAAAAAUGCCUUUGAUCGCGAACCAUUUUCAGAGUUGGAUGUGGACCUAUGGAACCCAGAUGUAUCAAGUCGGGCGGGAUCGAGAAGGGCGGGAUCGCGUGGUGAUCCGGGGUACGCGCUGGCCUGCCGUGGUGGCAAUGUUGCAACAAGCCGUGGAUUUCACCGGUGGCAUCCUGCAUAUGAGUGGCCAAUACCUGGAUUGCUGGCGUUGCGCCCACAUGUGCGAGCUGAAUGGCAUCGUAAAUGCUCAAUUUAUCUCAGGUCAUUUGCUUCCUCCUCAGCGGGAUCCGGAUAAAAACACGGUGCGAGAGCUCUUUAAGUAUGUCUUGCAGCUGGACAAUCAGCAGCUGUCGAAGAUGUCGUUGAUCGACCUGGCGGUCCACGCCUUGACCCUGAAGCAGCAGCGCCAACCCACCUGCGCCACAGUGCGUGCGGCGUCCAGCCAAGCGGUAUAUGCAGAGUACAGCCAACUCCCAGCCAAGCAGAGUGCUCCAUUGCUUUUGGCCUUCGCGCGCCUUCAGACCUCAAUGUCUCAGGUGGGCAGCUUCAUUCAGCAGCGCUUUGUCGACCAAAAUCUUCAGACACUUCAGCGCUUAGGACCCUUCCUGGACUGCUCCGAUGCCAUGCUCCUGCGUUCCAAAGGCUUCAUUGCUGCCAAGGAAGCCGUGCCCGAUGAUGCCCAAUGGCACCGCUGGGACGACGUGCUGCGGCCAGAUGGGCGGCUCGCGAAUUUCUGGAAGGACUUGAGGAAAUUCUUCCAGCAGAAUGUGGGGCUUGCAAAGCCUUGGGGCGUUAGCACGCCGCCGGCCGACUGGCACACGGUGCCUGAUGUGAUGUGCGAUGUGCUGAAGCGUUGCGUGCAGGGAACCAAUCUCUUGGUGGACCUUGAGAAGGGCAUCUUCCGCCCCAAAGAGCCUUCCGCCCCUGCUGCGCCACCAGCCCCCAAGACAGUCGCGCCACCGCUGCCCACGGGCCGCUCCACGUCGUCGGCGAGUGGAGCAGCGACGACCCGAGCGCCAGUGGAGGAGCAUCUGACGCUGGUGGAGCAUGCAGAGGAUGUCAUGUUUGAGUUGAGCAAUGAGAGAAAGCACGAUGCGGCGGCUUACAUGGAACUGAGCAUGGUGACGCAGAAGCUUCAAAAACGACUUGGACAGGAUGCGGACAAGAUUUCCAAGAAUUGGUAUUCGAAAUUCGAGCUGUCCUUCGAUGUGAAGCAGGCGAAGCAGGUGACCUCGGUGACCUCCCCCGAUCAUUGGGUGAAACUCACCCUUCCGGGCCGAAAAAGGGCUGACGUGCGAGAGAGGGAGAGGCGACAAAAGGCUGACCAGAAAGAGGAUUUCGAGGUGGUGCAAAGAAUUUUGCCGGGACUGCUGCCCAAGAAAGAGCCGCUUACAAGCAUGCAAGAGAAGGAUUUUUGCGCUCUUCUGUCCCUCUUGAGCAGAGAGACCACGGAAAGAUGUCAUCAAGACCUUCCGAAGAAUACCUUGCAGAAGCUGUGCGGCGGAAACACUAACACCCCCGAACUUCUGCGCAGCAUCGCGCCGUUUACGAUGACGAUGGUGAUGCAAGCGGUUGCGACCUUGCAUAAACGAGGCCACAAAUUCGAG